AUGGAAUAUCAUCUUGUUGCUGCCACUAAUGCAACAUCUAACAAGUUAUCAAGAAUGAGUCAUCAAUUUUGUUUAGACUUGAAUGAAGAUUUGAAUGAAGAUGAUAGCCCAAUUCGUGAUGAAGGAGCUCUAAGAUAUUCAUUGGCUUCUAAUCCUCCUUCCUUGGUAGCUUUCAACAAUCGCAUAGAAUCAGUUGGAGCUGCUGAAUCAACUCAGGUUGUAGCGAAUAUAUCACCAUUUUCAAGAAAUAAUAAUUUAUUGUCUUCUGGAUCUGGUUCAUCAUCUUCCGCUCGAGGUCUAGGUUGGGGGUUUAAUGGUUUUACCAAUAACAACAACACUAACACCAACUUAGAUCUAUUUGAUUCUAUUCAACCGGAAAAUGAUGAUACAUUUAUUCAUAGAACCAUAAAUGUUCAACAAAAUGAAAGUAUUUUUUCAGGAGAUCAUGUGAAUCAAUUUAUCACUCCAACUAUUGUUCCUGUGCGGUCUAAUAGUUAUGUACCACAACAACCACAAUCACCUUCUAAUCUUUCGACAAGUAGUUACCACAUAAAUCCUCCUCCACCUCCUCUUGGGCCAGAGUUCAAUACUCCUAUAGAAUUUGAUCAAUACGUGCAGACCGAUACAUCAUUGACUAGACCAGAGAAUCGUCGUCGAGACCAUAUCGACAUUCUCACCUCACAUUCUAUUGAACUUAGGGCUCAAAGAAACAGGCUUAGGAAUGAGAUUUUUAGCACCUUACAACAUUUGCACAACGGUGGCUCCGUGCGUACAGAGGAGUUGUUGAUAUUGGAUCUUUCAAUUGUGUUAAAUGUGCUUGAUUCUCAAGAAAAUAUCGAUAUGCUACAUAAUAUCGACGAGGAAAACUAUGUGGAAGAGGAGAUUAUCAGAAGGUUGAAUUAG